AUGGCGACGACGACGACAGUUGACGAUGCUCAGCCCCCGACGCUGCAAAACAUCCUAGACCAGAAAUCCCUCAAGUGGAUUUUCUGCGGUGGCAAGGGUGGUGUCGGUAAGACGACGACUUCCUGCUCGCUUGCAAUCCAGCUUGCGAAAGUGCGGGAGAGCGUGCUGUUGAUCUCGACGGAUCCCGCACACAAUCUUUCAGAUGCAUUCGGCCAAAAGUUUGGGCGCGAGGCUGUGAAAGUGAAUGGCUUCAGCAAUCUGAGUGCCAUGGAAAUCGACCCUACAAGCAGCAUGCAAGAAAUGAUCGAGCAGUCGGAGCAGCGAGGUGGUGCACUCGCGCCAUUUAUGCAGGACCUCGCUUUUGCAAUUCCCGGUGUUGACGAAGCAAUGGGCUUUGCAGAAAUCAUGAAGCUUGUCAAGUCGAUGGAAUACAGCGUGGUCGUGUUUGACACGGCGCCCACUGGUCAUACUUUGCGCUUCCUCAGUUUUCCAAGUGUCCUAGAGAAGGCACUGACAAAAUUCAGCUCGUUUGGAAAGAGCCUCGGCCCCAUGUUCCAGCAGUUCCAGAGCAUGAUGGGCGGUGGUGCCAAUGCUCAAGAAGACAUGUUUGCCAAGCUUGAGGGCAUGCGCCAGGUCAUUACGGAAGUGAACUCGCAGUUUAAGGACGAAACAAAGACCACAUUUGUGUGUGUGUGUAUUGCUGAGUUCUUGUCACUCUAUGAAACGGAGCGCCUGAUCCAAGAACUCACGCAGUAUGGUAUCGAUACGCACGCUAUCGUAUGCAACCAGCUGUUGUACCCUCCACCAGGCUCCCAGUGUGAGCACUGCCGUGUGCGAAAAGCCAUGCAAGAUAAAUAUGUGCAUGAAAUGAUGGAUUUGUAUGCGGAGGACUUUAAUGUCGUCAAGAUUCCGCUGCUGACAGAAGAAGUGCGUGGUCCUGAGAAGCUCUCAUCGCUCUCGGAAUAUCUCAUGCAUCCAUAUCAACCUCCUCAGUAA